UGCAUAUCUUCAGAUAAGAAUUCUUCAUCGUUGGUUCCUCGACCUUAACUUCUAACACCACGAUGAGUGCGCAUUUGCACCAUUGCCAGAAUGAAAACACCCCUUCCCUGGUUGUCACCACCAUUGCAUAUUGCCCACGCGGACCAUGACCAUGACCCUGACCAUGACCAUGAAGCCGCACAUGAAUCUGUCGGCUCGUCGGCUCCUCCCCAGAAACCAACGGCCAAGGGACCCAUAUUUCGACAUCAACGUGAAGCGAGUGCUAUUGAAUUGUUCUACGACCUCUUCUUUGUCGCCAAUUUGGCCAGUGUCACCGCUGAGAAUGAAAUCGUGGACGGUGCAAUUCUGAAACGAUAUUUGGGUUAUUUCACCCUCAUCUGGUUCACCUGGCUGCAAACCAUACUUUUCGACGUUCGCUUUUCUACCGAGUCUGUUUUUCAGCAUGUCCACAAAGCCAUUUCUUACGCCAUCAUGAUUGGCUUCGUCAUCUGUGCGGCAUGCUACAACACUAACCAUGUCCGUUCUACGAUCGACGGCUUUCGCGCGAUGUCGCUAGUCUUGAUGGUUUCGAGGUUGGUCCUCGCAAUGCAAUACUCUGUGACAUAUUGGUAUGUCCGUCAGUACGACAAGACAAGAGCACCCUUCUUGUUUACUAUAGGAUGUCUCUGCUCCACUUCCUUGGCUUAUUUUGGCUUGUUCUGGGGGUUCGACACGGCUCCGGACUCGUACAUUGCUUGGUAUGUCCUUAGUGUGGCUGAGGGUGCUACGGUCAUUGCCAUCUCAUGUAAGUGGAGAGUCGUCAGUUUCAAGCGCACUCAUCUCAUCGAACGUUUGGGUCUGUUGACCCUGAUCGUCAUGGGUGAAGGUGUUCUUGGUCUGGCCAGGUCCACUUAUCGAUUGUUCCAGACUUUGAGACGGCCAACAGCAGAAAACUUUGGUCAGUUGAUCUGCGCAAUGGUCUUGGUUUACUUGAUCUUUAUGUUAUAUUUCGGUCACGCUGAGCAUGACAAAUUCGGCUCGAUUCGCCAGCAAAUCUGGAUGAUCUUGCAUUUUCCACUCCAUGUCGCCAUCCUCUUGACCCAAGAAGGGUCGAACUUUCUGAUUUUAUCGAGGGUCAUCAGUCACAUUAUUUCUUACUGGGAUUCUCUAUACCCUCUGCAGAACUCUGUCGAUUGGAACGACUUCUUCUCCGAGUACGAUUCCGUUGAUGGGGUUCUCGGAUCGAUUUCUGGGGACCUGCAUCAAUUGUUUCAUGUCACCUUCCGGGACCAAGAGGCGUUACUCACUAUGUACAACUACACUCGCGAUAUUAUGGCAAUCCAAAAUAUUGGCCAUCCUUUCAACACCACUGAAUGGCAGGUCGAAGCAAGUGUUGUGAUCGACCAACUGUGGAAGGGGAUAGAGGAUGCAGUAUACUCGAGUUUCGGUGUCGAUGGUCUGGUCACUCAAGAUCACCGACCUCCACCUGUAGAAGCUGCAUCAUCACCUCAACAUAUCAUGGAAGCCGUUUUCCUGUAUUUUUUCUUCGCCGCCGGCGGCCUACUGUUCGUUCUGUCGCUCAUGACGAUAUUUGCGAAGAAAAUCCCCACCAAGGACAUGUGGCUUUCGGUUGGAAUUAAAGUCUUGAUUGGCUUUCUAUUGUUGGUGCCCUUGACUGCGAAUUGGAUGCGAACGGACGCCAGCGAGGCGUUUUAUCUGAGUCCUUGGACGACAGUGGUGGUCAUGUUUGGUUAUUUGACUGUGGUUAUAGCGGAUCAUCUCAUAGCAUUGUUCUAUCAUCGAAGACGACGUCAUAACACAUCAUAGCUAUACCAAAACCCGAGGAGAGGAACGAGGACAGAAAUAUUCGUGAGAGGAGAACUUCAUUUUGUGAAUUAGCUGAAUAGAAUACAUGGUAAUAAUGACUUAUGUGGUGAUAUCCAAACA